GCUUUAAGUUGACUCUAAUGUGCACUUUGAUAAGGGUAGUUGAUGACUAACAUGAAAAUGAAUGUUUACAACAAGAUUUUUUAAAAUAGAAGUAAUUGCUGUCACUGCUUGAGAUUUUAUGUCAACAUCUGUUAUUUAUCUUUUAACAGUCAUCAAUUCAUGCCGUUAUGGAAUCGGCCGUCAGCUGGGAAAAGGAGGAUUUGGGUCGGUUUAUGCCGCGACUCGUUUGGAUGACGGCUUUCAGGUGGCGCUGAAAUUUGUCUCCAACAGGAACAAAAAGUUCUUCCUCAUUGAUGGUUAUUCCAAACCUCUUCCGCUGGAGGUCGCUCUGUUGAUUCUGGCAAGCCAAGACCCUUUGGUUCCUGAAAUCGUCAAGCUUCUGGACUGGGAUGUGGAGCCUGACCACUACAUUUUGGUCCUGGAGCGUCCCAUGUCCUUUGUGGAACUGAACUGGUUCAUCCUGCGGCAGAUAAUGAGCCUUGAAGAGGACGUGGCCUGGGUCAUCAUGCGGCAGGCAGUAUGUGCAGCUCAGACGUGCUGCCGAUGUGGAGUACUGCACCGGGAUAUUAAGAUGGAAAACAUCCUGAUUAACCCGGAAACACUUGAAGUCAAGUUGAUUGACUUUGGGUGCGGUGACUUCCUCAAUGACACGAGCUACACGUCCUUUGCUGGCACAAGAGAGUACUGCCCGCCCGAGUAUCUGAUGACCGGCGAGUACCACGGGGAACCCGUGACAGUCUGGUCACUCGGGAUCCUGUUGUUUGCACUGAUGUGUGGAGAUUUUCCAAACAUACAAGACCUGAAAAAGAUCAACAAUAACACCUUCAUUACAUGUAAAGAUGGCUUGUCAAAAGGGUAUCUGAAGGUUCUGGCACUCUGGUCACUUGGGAUUGUGUUGUUUGCACUGAUGUGUGGAGAUUUACCAAACAUACAAGACCUGAAAAAGAUCAACAAUAACACCUGGGCCAAAGACGGCUUGUCAGAAGGUAACAGCAGUUUCUAA